AUGCUCUCUCACGCCGACCUCCUGGAUGCUCGGCUCGGGAUGAAGGACGCCGCAGAGUUACUCGGACACCGAGAGGCUCUCAAGUGCCGUCUGGGAGGUGGCGUGCCAGACCAGGGGCAUCCGGGAGACAUGGCCCCUGGUUCGGACUCCGUAGAGGGAACCACCCUCCUGCCGGGAGAAGACAUCGCCACCGUGGGUUCCAACUCUGCCGGCAUGCCGGUGAACGGGAAGGAGCAGGAGAAGCAGCAGCAGCAACCGCAGCAGAGCUCCGGUCAGCCCACCAGCCAGCAGAAGCAGAAGCGGCACCGGACGCGCUUCACCCCGGCGCAGCUCAACGAGCUGGAGCGCAGCUUCGCCAAAACCCACUACCCUGACAUCUUCAUGAGGGAGGAACUGGCGCUGCGGAUCGGCCUCACUGAGUCCAGAGUUCAGGUUUGGUUCCAGAACAGACGGGCUAAAUGGAAGAAAAGGAAGAAGACCACCAAUGUUUUCCGCGCCCCGGGGACGCUGCUGCCAACGCCGGGCCUGCCCCAGUUCUCUGCCGCGGCCGCCAUGGAGAACAGCCUGUGCUCCUUCCAUGCCAACGACUCUCGCUGGGCCACGGGGAUGCCGGGCGUCUCCCAGCUGCAGCUCCCGCCUGCCCUGGGUCGCCAGCCUGGCAUGGCGCAGUCUCUGUCACAGUGCAGCUUGGGUCCAGGCCCGCCACCGAACUCCAUGGGGCUCUCCAACGGCCUGUCAUCCAACGGCUCCGGUCUGCAGUCCCACCUCUACCAGACACCUUUCCCCGGAAUGUCGGCCUCCCUCUCCGGCCCCACGAACGUAUCGGGCUCCCCGCAGCUGUGUAGUUCCCCGGACAGUGACAUGUGGAGAGGGACAAGCAUCGCGUCACUGCGGCGCAAAGCGCUGGAGCACACAGUGUCCAUGAGUUUCACUUAGUGACCCUCUCUCAGCCCCACCCUGAAGCUCUUUUUCUGUUUUUUGUUUUUUUGUUUUUUUUCCCGCUAUUUAGAUCAACACGAGAGAACAAGCAAGCUAAUCAGGCCCUGAAAUGUGAGAAAAUGGAGACUGUAUGUGACUUCAUCUAGACAUAAUGAUUAAAAGACAAGGACAACACUGAUGGACAAAUGGAAGAAAAAAUAACUUGGGAUUGGGGUUAUUUAUCUUGUUAAUUCAAAAGGAUUUUAUCAAAUAUUGAUGAUAAAUACUAUUGUAAUGAUCUCUAGACUAUAGGCCCUAAUUACUGAGAGCCAAACAAUCGUCGUAUUUAAGUUUUCAUUGAGUGCGUCCUUACGCACACAUGUUAUUGUGUUCAGGUGAAGUUGUGUUAUUAUAAGAUUGGGUAUAAAUUUCGGUAACAGCCUGCCACACACGCGCCAUACCGUAGGUGGGCCUAUUGAACUGGGUCUCAGGCAUGCACUGUGCAUGUGGAUUUAAACACUUGGAUCAUUUAAGGAGAGAAUGGCUCCCACUCAGACUGAACAGGUAAUUUGGAGGCGACCCUCAGUCUCGUCUGCAUGGGAUGGGAGCAUAA